GCGGCUGGAGGUGCGACUUUUUACGACGGUGCGGGGUGGUAGCGUUUCGCGGCAGGAGUCUCUGGUGUGGCCCGUGAGGGGAGCGGCGGAGCCGUGCCGCCAGCAUGAAGCAGAAGAGGAAAGGAGACCUCAGCCAUGCUGAGCUGAUGAUGAUGACGAUAGCUGACAUCAUAAAGCAGUUAGUUGAGGCUCACGAGCAGGGAAAAGAUGUGAACUUGAACAAGCUGAAAACCAAGACGUCGGCGAAGUACGGACUUUCGGCACAGCCACGUUUGGUUGACAUCAUCGCUGCUGUUCCACCGCAGUACCGCAAGGUGCUGGUACCAAAGCUGAAGGCCAAGCCUAUAAGGACUGCUAGCGGGAUCGCUGUUGUGGCUGUGAUGUGCAAACCACACAGGUGCCCACACAUUAACUUUACAGGCAACAUAUGUGUAUACUGCCCAGGUGGACCUGAUUCUGAUUUUGAAUAUUCAACACAGUCUUACACUGGAUAUGAGCCAACAUCUAUGAGGGCUAUUCGGGCUAGAUAUGACCCCUAUCUCCAGACAAGACACAGAGUGGAACAGCUGAAACAGCUAGGCCACAGCGUGGAUAAAGUAGAAUUUAUUGUGAUGGGCGGAACGUUCAUGGCCCUGCCCGAAGACUACAGAGAUUACUUCAUCAGAAACCUUCACGAUGCUUUAUCAGGUCACACUUCCAAUAAUGUAGCAGAGGCUGUCAGGUAUUCAGAACGAAGCCUGACAAAAUGCGUUGGGAUAACCAUAGAGACCAGACCAGAUUACUGCCUGAAGCGUCAUUUAAGUGACAUGUUAUCCUACGGCUGUACAAGGCUGGAGAUCGGAGUGCAGAGUGUGUACGAGGAUGUGGCCAGGGACACCAACAGAGGUCACACUGUGAAGGCUGUGUGCGAGUCUUUUCACUUAGCCAAGGAUGCUGGGUUUAAAGUGGUGGCGCACAUGAUGCCUGAUCUACCGAACAUGGGGCUGGAAAGGGACAUGGACCAGUUUAUUGAGUUUUUUGAGAAUCCUGCUUUUCGCCCGGAUGGCAUGAAGCUCUAUCCGACACUAGUGAUCCGUGGCACUGGCCUGUACGAGCUCUGGAAGACUGGAAGAUACAGGAGCUACCCUCCCAGCACCCUUGUGGAUCUGGUGGCCAGAAUCCUGGCCCUUGUCCCACCAUGGACGCGUGUGUACCGUGUUCAGAGAGAUAUCCCAAUGCCACUAGUCAGCUCUGGAGUGGAGCACGGGAACCUGAGAGAGCUUGCUUUGGCCAGGAUGAAAGAUCUUGGGACGCAGUGUCGUGAUGUAAGGACAAGAGAGGUUGGAAUUCAAGAAAUUCACCAUAAAGUGAGACCAUAUCAGAUUGAAUUAGUUAGAAGAGAUUAUGUGGCUAAUGGUGGCUGGGAGACCUUCCUGUCCUAUGAAGAUCCAGACCAGGAUAUUCUCGUUGGCCUUCUACGACUGCGGAAGUGUUCAGAGGAGUCGUUCAGACCUGAGCUGAAGGGAGGCGUUUCCAUCGUCCGGGAAUUGCACGUGUAUGGGAGCGUGGUCCCUGUGAGCAGUCGGGAUCCUUCAAAAUUUCAGCACCAGGGAUUUGGUAUGUUACUAAUGGAGGAGGCAGAAAGAAUAGCCAAGGAGGAGCACGGGUCAUGGAAAAUCGCUGUAAUUUCAGGCGUUGUGACCAAGAAGAGUGGCAUCAGUUCAUCACGUGUGUGUGAAGUCAAGGUGUUGGCACAAGGAACUACUACAGGAAGAUCGGCUACGAGCUCGAAGGGCCUUACAUGGUGAAAAGGCUGGACUGAUGCCCCAGGAGGUCCCCACCCCAACCAGCUGCUGGCAGGAGAGGAGGUGAGACUCAUCCUGGAAAGAAGCUCAUGGUGACAGACGUAAGCUAAAACCCAAAGCCUGCCAGCUGCAAAGGACUUGCUUAUGCCAGAGCCCACGGCAGCAAAUAGGGCAUCUCCGCCGGGGAGAGCAGCUCGGAGAUCUGCCCGUUGCCCCAGGAGAGCUUGGGGUUGGGGAUGUUUCACGUCUCGGUACCGGUGUAACCCUGCCGUAUCUGCGGGACGGGCGCUGGUGCGUUGCAACAGAGGGCCCAAGCGCAGGUGAGCCGGGGACCCUAUUGAGCAGCCUGGGAAAAAUAACUGUUGUUUCUGUAAUGCUGUCAGCGAGCUUUUAAUGGUUCAGUGCUGAAAUUGGGUGGGUUAUUCUACAACAUGAAUUAAUUAUUUCUCUGUGCACAUUUAUUUAUGCUGGGCUUGGCUGCUUUCUGUCCAUCCCAAGUGAUGCCGUUUGAUCCUUUUACCAUGCAGAAGUAGGAGACCAUGAGGGCUGGAAGCCUUUACUUCGGUGGCGGUAGGAACUGAGCUAAAAAUUUAAACUUUACUCUCUACGAUGAUGCACAAACAUGGAGUAACUCAGGGUAGAAGAGACUCUGAGAGCUCUUGUCCAACCCCACUCAGAGCAGAUUCCAGUUAGAUCAGGAUGGUGAUGCCUGCAUGCCUCCAAGGCUGGAGAUACUCUGUGGGUGUGGAUGAAGAAUCCACAGCAUCUAGGUCUCUGUUCAGUAUGUGACACCCAUAUGUUGGACAAGCUUUUCCUAGUAUCUAAUGGGAGUUUACAGCAUUUCAGCUUGUGCCGCUUGGCCUGUUGAGGUGCUGCUCUGGGAAGAGUCUGCCCUCCGAGCUUCUCCUUGCACAUCACAUACUCCCAACACCAUAACCAGCCUGACGGCCCCCGCUUCAGUUUGCUCAGCCGCAUUUCCAGCACCAGAUCUGCUGCUUCUCCAGCCCGUAACCUGUUGAUUUGGGCAUGGGGAUGCCGUGCAGCAGCAGUGUCAGGGGCCUCGGCAAGGUCACGGUAUACAACCUCUGCGUCCCUCCCUUAUCCGCACUGCCCUCAUCUCAUCGCAGCAGGCAGCUGGGCUGCUCGGGCACCAUCUGCCUACGGAGGAUCCCUCCUGGUUCUUCGUAACUCUUUUCCCCUCUCCCUCCCACAGCAGGAAGGGGUUUCGGGGAGGGUUUGGUCCUUAUCUCUCCCAGCAUGGAGGUUGGGUGACUGCCCUGUAGCUCCUCAGGUCCUUCUCCUGCUCCUCCUUGGAGAUGGGUGUGAUGGUUGCCUUUUCCAGGCGUUGUGAAUGCUGUGAGGAAUGAUACCAUUAAAGCUGCUUUUUGCAGAGCGAGGUGGGACGUGAGAGCGAGCUGUGACCCUGGGUGAAGAGCUCAGCACCUUCCUCAACUCCCCCCCCAGCCCUUCGGUGGGGUGGGGAUGACCCAAGACACACAGGGCAGGGGGGUGUCCUUUGACAUUAGUGAUUCAGGGUUUUCAAAGGCAGCGUGCCUGGCGCUGCCCGCUUGACAUAACAAAACCAGAAGGGAGCAGCCGGAGCUCUGACCUCCUCCACUUCUUUUUUUAUACUAUUUCAAUCAAAAAUAGGGUUGAAAUCUGGAGUCACGGCUUGUAGAGAAGUUGACGUUUCAGGUGUUACUCUAAUAAACAGCUCCGUCAGGAGCCUUCUGGAAACUUCACCGAUAACGAACAUUUGGACACACGUGACUAACCUGGAGGAGGAGCAGCUCGGGGGGGGGAAGCUCUCGCGGCAGCCGUGCCGUGCCACACAGUAAAUGCGGUUCUGCCACCGUGAUCUAUUGCUGCUCCCCAACAGUGACUCGCGGGGUCAACGGCCAGAACCACGCUGACGUCUGCUGAUGCGCAAGCAGCAGCAGCUGCCCGGGCAGAGCGGAAAAAGCGUGUCCUUGCUGGAAACAAGUGAAAUACCUGGCAAUAAAUUUCUCGUUAUUGAAGGUAAA